CCGAACCGCGCACGCGCAGUAACGGUAGGAUGGUGGCGUUGGUACCUUUUGUGGUUCCCGUCGUGGGUGACAAAACCUUGCUGGUGUGGGAGCUGAGCUCUGGACUCACGGCCGAGGACUUGCAACAUUCUCUGUUCACAGUCUUCUCCCAGUUUGGCCUUCUGUAUUCGGUCCGAGUCUUCCCAAACGCAGCAGUGGCCGGUCCUGUGUUCUAUGCCAUCAUCGAGGUUUAUUCAGCAAGGGAUGCCCACAGAGCCCAAAAGGCAUGCGACCAGAAGCAGCUUUUUCAGACAUCUCCAGUGAAGGUUCGUCUCGGCACCAGACAUAAGGCGGUUCAACAUAGUACGCUUGCCCUAAACAGCUCCAGAUGCCAAGAAUUGGCAAAUUACUACUUUGGUUUCAAUGGGUGGUCAAAAAGGAUCAUCAAGCUUCAGGAUCUUUCUAACCUUGAAGAAAGGGAAAAUGAAGAUAUUGUGACACCACUUCAGAAGCAAAGCCUGAAGUUCUUCUGUGCUUCAGAGGUGGUGUUGCCCUCCCACGAGUGCAGGAGUCCCGGAGUUGGCAUGGCUGAGGAACCUUUGGGGUCAUUAUCAUUCCUUAUGAAAAGGAAGGUAACCCAGAAGCUUGCUAUUCAGAAGGCUAUGACAGAUGCAUUCCAGAAACUGCUGAUUGUGGUUUUAGAAAGUGGUAAAAUAGCUGUGGCAUAUAGACCCUGUGCAGAGGUCAUAGAUGCUAGAACCGAAGAGGAACUACAGGAUUUAAUUCAAGUCAGCUACUUUUCUUGUCAGCCGUGUGGCCAAAGGGGGGAAGAAUGCCUCUCAGACUUGAGCUUUGAGGAGGAAGAGUUCACAUUGCCAGAACUGGACUAG